CGUACAGUAUUAUUAGCCCACCCCAAAAUGACACUAUCGUAGACUCCCUCCCUCUCUUCUUCACAAGAGAAGUACCGCUCUCUCAUUCAGCCUCGACAUAGCUCUGACACUCUCUCCCUCCAGAAACAAUUACCGCAGAAGAAACAAACCCCGUAACCGAGAAACCCACCCUGCCGUCGCUUCCUCUUUGGCCGGCCGCCGAUCCAAAUAAUGUCGACGCCGCUGUAACUGGCCCGUCCAACUGCCUCUGCUCCGGCGAGAGAUUCCCCUUAUCGGAACAUUUUUGAAGCAGGUGGUGGUGGAGACUGGUCUCGGACUCUCAGUCACCAUUCUCUCUUCUUACCCCACACCCUCAAUUUCCUCCACCGCUUUCUACAAUUCUUUCUUCCACCGGGAAAUCGGAAAAUGCUGACGUGUAUUGCCCGUUCCAAGCAAGCCGGGGAUGAGCCGGACGGCUCAUCCGCCGCCGCCACCAACGGCAACGGUUCCAACGCUAAAAACAAUCAAGCAAUCAAAUCCCUCACAUCUCAGCUCCGGGACAUGGCGCUGAAGGCCUCGGGGGCAUACAAGCACUGCGCGCCGUGCACGACGGUUCCGACGGCGCAUAAUCAGAGCCGGUUCAAGACAAACCCGGCGACGGCGGCGGAGUGGGACGCGGCGGAGUCGGAGCAGCGGUUCCGGUGGCCGCUGAAGCGGACGGGGAGCUCGAGCUCGGCGACGCCGAGGACGUGGGGGAAAGAGAUGGAAGCGAGGCUGAAGGGGAUAUCGAGCUCGAGCGGGGAAGGGACGCCGACGUCGGUGAGCGGGAGCGGGCGGCGCGUGGAGCCGCCGAUCGUGUUCGUGGAAGAGCGCGAGGCCAAGGAGUGGGUGGCCCAGGUGGAGCCGGGCGUUCUGAUUACCUUCGUCUCGCUCCCCAUGGGAGGCAACGAUCUCAAGCGGAUGCGCUUCAGCCGAGAUAUGUUCAACAAGUGGCAAGCUCAGAAAUGGUGGGCAGAGAACCAUGACAGGGUCAUGGAACUUUACAAUGUCCAAAGACUUAGCCGUCAAGCUUUUCCUCUUCAAACACCCCCAAGAUCUGAAGACGAGGAUAUGCUUCUACAGAGCUCAAAGAUGGAAUCAGCUGAGGGAAGUCCACUAACACCGCCACUAAACAGAGAGCGAUUGCCGCGUAGUUUACACCGUCCAACGGGCAUGGGAAUAGCAGGCUACUCGUCCUCGGACUCACUCGACCAUCCGAUGCAGAGCAGGCAAUACUCAGACUCUGCCAGUGGCCUCACUUCCACACCAAAGCUCUCAAGCAUAAGUGGGGCUGCUAAGACGGAAACAUCUACAUCCUCCAUGGAUGCAUCCAUGAGAAGAAGCAGCUCGUCGAGGGACGCUGAUCGUUCCGGUGAGUUGUCGAUCAGUAAUGCCAGUGACAUGAUGGACAACGAGUGGGUUGAACAGGACGAACCUGGCGUGUACAUCACCAUUAGAGCCUUGCCCGGUGGAAAGAGGGAGCUGCGACGAGUCAGGUUCAGCCGUGAGAAAUUUGGAGAGAUGCAUGCGAGGCUAUGGUGGGAAGAGAACCGAGGUAGAAUACACGAACAGUACUUGUAGAGUGUGUUAGAGGAAAAGCUAAAGCACAGAAGUCAGAGAAUGCACGAGCGAGGUGGUCAAAUGGUAAAAUCGGCGGUUUUGGACUUGGAGGUUUCAGGUUCGAAUUUCGAUUACGAAUUCGAUAUAUCACUGUCUGAAAUCUGCACCUCAGCUGAUGAAAGAAUUUUCCCUACACAGAUCCGUCUGAAAACAGGUGCUUCCUGUUUGUCCCUCUUCACCUCGUGACCUUGAUCUCUUUCUUUUUUCCUUUAAUGGGGUUCAAAUGUUUAUAGGGGUACUAGUAAUGCUGCUGAAUAGAUGGUCAAUGUGUUGAUCAAGAUGAAAGGGCAAAGUUUUUCUUUUGAUUAUGUCAUGUUAAAUGUUUUUACUUUCUGCUGUUACUGGUGGUGGGUAUGAUUAUCAAUGAAAGAAGUUGAUUACAUGGUAUCUUUUCUUUGACUUAAUGAGAUUUGACCAGUUUCUUCUGUAGCUUGACUACAGGUAGGGGUGGGCAAUGGGACGGGACGGGAUACCCGUCCCGUUUUAAACGGGU